AGUCUGCAGAUGACAGAUCGCAGCUAAGAGCAGCUUGCUGGGUCUCUGGAGGCUGCUGGUGUCUGUCUCAGGGUGCGGUGCAGGCACAGCCAGUGGGAUUUUUUUCCCAGCAGAGCAGAGAGCUGGCCCUCCACUCCUGCUCCUGUGCGGAGCUCACUCCCAUAGGGCAGCCGCCUCUGGACCAGGAGGAGGGUCCCCCAGGACCCCUUGCCUAGCUUGACGGCUGCUCAGACAAGCACCAUCAGACCAGCAUCACCCAGGACGUCUGCCCUCCCUGCAGCCACCAUUAGCCCGGGCGAGGACCCCUCCAGGAUGCAGGUCCCGAACAGCACCGGCCCGGACAACGCGACGCUGCAGAUGCUGCGGAACCCGGCGAUCGCGGUGGCCCUGCCCGUGGUGUACUCGCUGGUGGCGGCGGUCAGCAUCCCGGGCAACCUCUUCUCUCUGUGGGUCUUGUGCCGGCGCAUCGGGCCCAAAUCCCCGUCGGUCAUCUUCAUGAUCAACCUGAGCGUCACGGACCUGAUGCUGGCCAGCGUGUUGCCUUUCCAAAUCUACUACCAUUGCAACCGCAACCACUGGGUAUUCGGGGUGCUGCUUUGCAACGUGGUGACCGUGGCCUUUUACGCAAAUAUGUAUUCCAGCAUCCUCACCAUGACAUGUAUCAGCGUGGAGCGCUUCCUGGGGGUCCUGUACCCGCUCAGCUCCAAGCGCUGGCGCCGCCGUCGUUACGCGGUGGCCGCGUGUGCAGGGACCUGGCUGCUGCUCCUGACCGCCCUGUCCCCGCUGGCGCGCACCGAUCUCACCUACCCGGUGCACGCCCUGGGUAUCAUCACCUGCUUCGACGUCCUCAAGUGGACGAUGCUCCCCAGCGUGGCCAUGUGGGCCGUGUUCCUCUUCACCAUCUUCAUCCUGCUGUUCCUCAUCCCGUUCGUGAUCACCGUGGCUUGUUACACGGCCACCAUCCUCAAGUUGUUGCGCACGGAGGAGGCGCACGGCCGGGAGCAGCGGAGGCGCGCGGUGGGCCUGGCCGCGGUGGUCUUGCUGGCCUUCGUCACCUGCUUCGCCCCCAACAACUUCGUGCUCCUGGCGCACAUCGUGAGCCGCCUGUUCUACGGCAAGAGCUACUACCACGUGUACAAGCUCACGCUGUGUCUCAGCUGCCUCAACAACUGUCUGGACCCGUUUGUUUAUUACUUUGCGUCCCGGGAAUUCCAGCUGCGCCUGCGGGAAUAUUUGGGCUGCCGCCGGGUGCCCAGAGACCCCCUGGACACGCGCCGCGAGAGCCUCUUCUCCGCCAGGACCACGUCCGUGCGCUCCGAGGCCGGUGCGCACCCUGAAGGGAUGGAGGGAGCCCCCAGGCCUGGCCUCCAGAGGCAGGAGAGUGUGUUCUGAGUCCCGGGGGCGCAGCUUGGAGAGCCGGGGGCGCACGGAGAGGCCACGGUGCCAGAGGUUCACGGAGAACAGCUGCGUUGCUCCCAGGCACUGCAGAGGCCCGGUGGGAAAGGGUCUCCAGGCUUUAUUCCUCCCAGGCACUGCAGAGGCACCGGUGAGGAAGGGUCUCCAGGCUUCACUCAGGGUAGAGAAACAAGCAAAGCCCAGCAGCGCACAGGGUGCUUUGUUAUCCUGUAGAGGGUGCUUCUGCCUCUCUGUGUCAGGGGACAGCUUGUGCCACCACGCCCGGCUAAUUUUUGUAUAUUUUUAGUAGAGCCGGGCUGUCACCCCCGAGCUCCUUAGACACUCCUUCUCACACCUGUCCACACCCGAGGGUGGAUAUUCAACCAGCCCCACCGCCUCCCCAACUCGGUUUCUGGAUAUCCUCCCUGGGCUACCUGCGAGCCCCAUUCCCAGCUCUUCUCCCUGCUGACAUCGUCCCUUAGUUGUGGCUCUGGCCUUCUCCAUUGUCCUCCAGGGGUUCUGGUCUCCGUAGCCUGGUGCACGCCGAAAUUUCUGUUUAUUUCACUCAGGGGCACUGUGGUUGCUGUGGUUGGAAUUCUUCUUUCAGGGGAGCGCCUGGGGCUCCUGCAAGUCAGCUACUCUCCGUCCCCACUUCCCCCCCAACACACACCCCACCCUGUUGCUGACCAAGGUGAUUUUUGGCACAUUUGUUCUGACCUGGCUUGGUGGGACCCCACCCCUAUUCUGCUUCUGUGAGUCCCUGAUAGAGAAGGAGGUCCCAUCAGGCCCCUGGAACACACUCAGGCCUCCCAGACUCAGGACAAGGACCACGGGAGGCCCAGGUGUGGAAAGGAGGCUCCGUGAGAUGGGGUCCAGCCCAUCCCAACCCAAGGGUGCAGCUUGAUUCGGGAGUUCCCCACCUCCUGCCCAUUCUCCGCGUCCUUUUACCCCAUGGGGAGCCUCAGCCAUGGCAAGUCCAUCUGGAGUCCAGGGAGCAGGCAACUGGCCUGACCCAUGAGACCGUUUGGAGACCAGGCAGCAGAUGCAGGUGUGGACCCCAGGAACCUAUAGGGGUGUCAGCCGCUGAGCCCCCUCUGUGCUGUGUGGGUGGUGAGCAGGCUGGGUCUUUGUCUGUCUUCUUCUACACCGGAUGUGCCUGCACCAGCCCCAACACCUGAGCUGGUUUAGCGCAUAGAAGAGCUCUGACUCUCCAGGGGUGCUGGGACAUCAUGUGGAAUUGGAUUCCAGGCUCUCUUGGGCGAGAAAGACCAUUCUGGAGGUGGGAGUGGGAGAGCUGCCUGUCUGCCCAGGGGCUCUGCGUCUCCACAGUGGGUGGCCUUGGAUACCCGUCCCCUCCCUUUCUGUGCACUGGGGACGCUGAUGGAGGCUGAAGCUGCUGUUGGGAGGCCCUCUAUUGGUGCCUCUCUCCUGCCGUCAUCACUAUGGCAGGAAAACAGAGAUGGUUUAGUAAUGAAUUAUCAUUCCCAAACCCGUGUCCACCUGGAACAUCAGGAUGGGACCACGUUUGAAAAUCGGGUCUUUCCAAAUGUAAUUAAGUAAGGCGAGGCCAUCCUGCAUUUACAUUGGGCUCAAUCCAGUGUCCCUAUGAGAGACGGAAGAGGAGACACAGACACAAAGGAGGAGGCCACAUAAAGACAGAGGCAGAGACUGCAGUGAUGCUGCCCCAAGCCCAGGGAUGCCUGGAGUCCCCAGGAGCUGGGAGAGGCAGGAAGGAUCCUCCCCUAGAGUCUCUGGAGGGAACUGGAUACAAUUGCAGAGUGCACUAAACAGUUGCCCCAGAAAGACAUGCUUUGUUUUAAAGCCCAGAACCUGAAAUUAUUAUAGAUUUUAUUUGGUAAUAAGGAACUUUGCAUAUGUCAUUACUUAAGGAUAUGAAGAUGAGAUUGUGCUGGAUUAUUAAGCACCCUAAAUGCCAUGACAGGUGUCCUUCUAAGAGACAGAAGAGGAGACACAGACACAGAGCAGGAGGACACGUGGAGACGGAGGCAGAGACUGGAGUGAUGCGGCCAUAAGCCCAGGGACACCUGGAGCCCCCAGGAGCUGGGAGAGGCAGGAAGGAUCCUCCCCUAGAGCCUCCAGGGGGAACUGGAGGAUGAGUAAGAGACCCAGAACUUCCACAGAAGGAGGAAAAUUAACCUCCUGCUUCUCUAGACUGUUCCAAAGCUGAACCCUAGAAAGCAAAGCUGACACAGAAGCAUCCAGGCCGCAGGAGUACAGGUCGCAAGUGCUGAGCGUGGGCCUUGGGUGUGUCUCACGGGGAAAAAAAAAAACUGUGAAAAACCUCAGAGUAGCAUCUUCACAGUAACGCACGGACGAUCCCUAAACUGCCUUGUAAACAAAAAUGAGAGCUUGAGUCAGAGGAAGCCGAGACAAUAUCCUUCCUCGACAACAUGCGAGAACCCUGACGUCCCCCAGCAAAGGAAGACGUUGCAAGCAGGCAAAAUGCGUCGAUUUUUUUUUUUUUUUGGUCAGUAUGAUUAUUUUUGCAGCCACUUGGCUAUGGAGAGCAGCCGACACCCCCUCUUACAGCCGUGGAUGUUUCCUGGAAGCUGACUCAGUCUGUUCACUGGCUGAGCUUUGAGUGAAAAGAUAACACAGGUCUAUUGACUCACACACAUGUUUUAAGAUGGAAAACUUUACUUCUGUUCUUGGCAGGACAUGGAGAGAGGGAGGGAUUCCAAAAAGUCUCAGCCUCCAUCAAGGCGUGGCGGCUUAUGCCGGUAAUCUCAGCACUUUGGGAGGCUCAGGCCGGAGGACUGAUUGAGUCCGGGUGUUCAAGGGCCAACCUAGGCAACACAGUGAGAACUCAUCUCUGUAAAAACUAAAAAUAAAACAUUAAAAAAACCAUGAGCUUUGAAG